CCGCGGAUGUAUCAGGCAGCAUCAGGAUUGGCAAUCCGGGUGGGCGCGUCUGUAAGCACCUCGGUGAGCCAGAUUCUUUCUUAAUAGCGCUUGCGCCAAUGGUCAUCAGACCUUUCUCUACAAGCUUGCUGGGCUUCAGCAACAGUAUACGCGCGCUGCAUUCCGGAGAAGGUGAAUUUGGUUUGUUCGAACAGUGCACUAUGCAGGUACAACAGACUGCCGAGGUCAGCAAGGGGGCGAAGCUCACCCUCAAGGCGCAGGCAGCAAUGUCGCCUAGCCUCGAGUGCGUCGCAGAGACGUCCUCGAUGAGGUACGCGCAAUACGUCAGCGGGUCUCAGUGCGAGGAAGAGCACGGUGCGUCACAAAUAACCGUCUACUACCCAGCGACAAAUAGUUCUAGCCAUCUGCAACGAGGCAUGAAGUUUGCCGAUUCGCUGUAUGUGCCGCUGGUCCGGUGCACACCCUGCCGAGUCUCCUGAUUGCGGCGGGUGGUGCGCUGCCGUUGACUGCUUGUGCGAUCGGCUGCAUCGUUUGCAGAGUAGGCUCGCAGUCUGAGAAAUCGAGGACAGGUUCAAGUUUAUGUAAGCCAUCUCGAUAUCCGAUCACUUAUACAGUGUAGUUUUGCCAGAGUUGACUAGCUGUAUCUACGGGCGACGACCAAGAUUACAGACCAUGAGCAGCAGCUACGAUCAGUUUCAUGGUCAGAGUCACGACCAGGAGUAGGGUGGAGUACAGAUUGAUGACGCCAAAGUGAGUACGGCACAUUGCCACUGGCGCAUCAUUUCGCGCAACAUGUGCCGUAGAGACGAAAGCUAGAAUGCUUGAGACAAUGAAAGCUAAGUCGUGCAUAGUGAUGAAACGAAGUGGGAUCGAAAUGAGGAGCAGUGCAAGUUCGUAGGUAUCAUCAGCAUUAUCAUUAUGG